AUGUCCCUCCAACCGCCUCGCUUCGCCGCCGCGCUACGCGCCGUCCGCGCCUUGCACGCGUGCCCCGUCGCCAGGCACCCGUACAAGGACUCCCAAGACCGCCGGUCGCUGAAGCCCCGCAGCGCGCAGCACACCAAGUCCGGCCGCGACGACGACGUGGCCGCCGCGUCCAAGGCCGCCUUUGGGCGCGACGUCAGCUCGCCCGAGGAGGCGCGCGCCGCGGCCGCAGAGGGGGCGGCGGGAGAGGAAGACGGCAGCGGCAGCGACCCUCUGCGGGCCAGCGGGGCGAACCAGGGCCUCAGCAAGCCGCAGGGCGACGAGGGCGGCAAGAAUCCCGGCGCGGGGAAGGAGGUCAGCAAGGGGGGGAGGAGCGGCGGAGGCGAAGCGCCCAAGAAGGGUGGGUUGCGGAGAUGA